AAAUCUAAAGACAAAACUUUUUAUUGUGAAAGAAUUUUCUGGGGAGUUUGUACUUCCUUGAUUCGACCAGCAGAGGGCGCCACAGAGAGUAAACUCCACUGCUGCUCCUCUUCUUCUCUCUUAUCCUCUCCUUUUCUUUGUGUCCCAUUUCUCUUUCCAUAUUUUACCUCAUUCUUCAUCCCCUCUUUCCAUUUUUCACUCACUUUCUCCUUUUUCCUUCUUUUCUCGUGUUUUCUUUCUUACCUUUUACACGCUUACUCUUACACUGUUCUUCUUUUUCUUCCUAAUAGGAAACAAAUGGGUGAUAUUUCUUGUCUUCUCACCCUUUGAUCUUUUUCUUUUUAUUUCUUCCAUCCUUUCCAACUUCAAGCCUUUCCACCUCUUUUCCUCCCAUCAUCCUUCAUUCCAUUUUUCCUUCUUGUAUCUCAACUCCUUCAUUCAUUAUUUCCUUUCAUUGAUCAUUUUUGCUUUCUUUAAGUUUCUGCAACUCCAUUUUCCACUCUACCUUUAUUCUUUUCCUCUUACACUAUUUUAUCCAUCUUUCCUUUCAAACUUUUGCUCUUCUUUGCCUUUUCCUCUCUUUUCCACAUCUUUAGUUUCAUGAAAUCUUCGUUUUCUCCUCACUGCUUGUCCAUCUGUUUGUCAUCUAGUUCUCAAGUUCUUUCUUUCUUUCUUGCUCCAUCCUUCAUCCUGCUUUUUCUCUCCUUUAUCGUCCACUUCAUUAGUCCUAUUUCAUCAUCAUUAAUCCUCUCCAUCAUUUUCUUCCGUCUCUGGCAUGUAACAGCUUGCAGACCGGGAGAGAGAGAGAGAGAGAGAGACAGAGACAGAGAGAGAGAGAGAGAGAGAGACAAAGAGAGAGAGAGAGAGAUAAAGAGAGAGAGAGAGAGAGAGAGAGAGAGAUAAAGAGAGCAGACUGAAGCUGAGCAGCAGCUUCUUUCCUUGGAGCUGCAGACGUUCAGCAGGACAAACCGGAUCCGUCACCUUCCAAACCAACACCGAGCCUGAAGCCGUGGAAAAGGAAUAAAGAGCAAACAGAAGAAGAAGAAGAAGUCAGUCGUCCAACUAAAAAGUUUAAUCUGUUGUCUGUGGAGAUUCUGGAUCAUUUUUCCUUUUCACUAAAGAAGGAAAAGUGAAGUGAGGAGAGAAAGAAAAGGACGUCUGAUGGAGCAACUGACAUGCAAAGAGAAGAAAUAGAAGAAAGAAGAUUAAAUUCGUUAGCAUAUAAAAAUAUUUUUCCACCAUUAAACAAAAAGAGAUUAAACAGACGGAGUUUUGACUUUUCGAAACAAAUAAAGAGGAAUCAGCUGAAGAAAACUAAGAAAAAAAUCAUCCUGCUCUUGGUAAUUUUACUGAGAAAUCUCAGAAAGUACAAGAAUUUGCAAAAUCCUGAAAAGGAACACGUCAACAGCGAAGGAGUAAAGAGGUUAUAAUAAGAGGAACAAAAAUACCUGGAUAGAAAAGUAGAGAAGAAGCUCUGCGAAGGGAAUGUUUGAGGAGCAAAAAGGAAAAAAGGCAGAAAACAUGAACCAGGUGGAAAAUCUGAAAUAGAAAAAACAAACAAAAAAAAAACAAACUUAAAAAAAACAAGAAGGAAAAUAAAAAAAUUAAAAUAAAAUCCAGAAGGAAAAAAGAUCCGGCUGAAGAAUCCAGGUGUGACGAUGCAGCUGCAGGUACUUCUUCCAGCUCUUCUCUCCAUCCUGUCUGUGGCCCCGGCGGGAGGCGUGGCCCCGGUGGGAGGCGUGGCCCCGGCGGGAUCUGUGGCCCCGGCGGGAGGCGUGGCCCAGGUGGGAGGCGUGGCUCCGGGCCGGCUGGAGCGCUGGGUCCGGUCCGGCCUGCAGUCCCUGCAGUGGGACCAGCUGGACCGCUGUCUGCGCGUGUCCUCCGUGUCCGAGGUGGAAUGUAGGCGGCUUGCACACCUGCCGCUGUCCUCCGUGGUCGUGUAUGUGUCGGAGCCACACGCAGCUGCAGGGCUGUCAGACAAGGUUCUGGCCAUCCUGCCAGAUUCCUCCCCCGGGAUGCUGAGCUCCAAGCUGCGGGGCGGAGUCAGCGUGGGACGGAUGCUGAACCGAGGGGAGGGCCCGCACAGACACCAGCAGCCUUCACCCGGUUUCACCCCCCAUGAUGCCGUGUUGGUGCUUGAUCCAAGCCCAGGAGAGAACUUCGGACACCCCGUGGUCCUCUUCUACGUGGAUGUGAAUGUGACAAAGAAGAGAUGCUCCCACCUGGAUGGCAUUUACCUGGGUGAUGAGUGUUUGACCCUGGCUCUGAAAGGUCGCUGUCAGAACCAGCUGAAGCGUCUCCAGGCCGGUCCAGAGAGGCUUUUCGGUAACAGUCGGCUGGGUGGGGGGGCUGUGCGUGGCAGCACCAGCAGCAGCCGUCUGCUGGAGCGAACCAUCGGAGGGUUCUGUGAGGUCCAUUUCCUGCCGCUGGUGGUCGCAGUCGGAGACAGAAACCGUACACAGAGACUCAGAUGUGUUGACCAUGCAGAGUUUGCCAGGUGUCCUGAGCCGCUGUCCAUGAGCUCUCCCAGUCUCCCCAUCUCCAGCUGCGAGCUGAAUAAAAACACAAGACGCUGCCACGAGCAGCCGCUGGCCACUCAGCUGUCCUGCCGCCUCUACCAGACCUGCGACCACGCCGUGCUGAUCUCAGGCGGCUGGCAGCAGCAGAUGACGUUCCAGCGUCACGCCCAGAAUCUUCAGAGCUUCUAUAAAAUGCUCAGAAACAACGGUUUCCACAAAGACCACAUCAAAACCUUCUUUGCCAGCAGCGUAGAGCUUCCAGACGAUGUAGAAGGUGUUUACCCAGCCACAGAGAAGGUGGCGAUCCGUAACCACGUGUCCUACGUCUGCAGGAAGCGGCACUGUGCUGACACGCUGGUUCUGUACCUGAACUCGCCAACACGCAGCGAUGGCACCAUGCUGCUGUGGGACACCAACAUGAACGGAAUCGCAGAUCUGAAGGAGCGGUACUCCGUGAACGAGCUGCUGGCCGAUCUGGCCGGCUGCAGAGCCACUCGUGUCCUGCUCUUUGUGGAUCAGAGCUACAGUGGUGUCCUGUCAAAGAGGCUGCGAGGGUCCAAGAAACACUUCAACGUGGUUCUGAUUCAGAGCCAGACCCGGCAGACCUACGCCUACCAGAACCAGAGGUUGAGCCCGGGCUGGGAUGAGAGCAGCUGGUCACUCAUCAGCCCUACCACCUGCCUGCUGGACCACCUGGGGAAGGGUUCUGAGGUGUCUCGCCUCUUGGAACCGUGGAGCGGCCUCCUGAAUGUGACGCUGGCGGGCGCACCCUGCAACGCUACGCCACCGCUGACGGACAGUGAGCUGAGGCGGGAGUACCAGGGCUGCCAAAACCUGCCAACUGCUCUCUGGCACCAGAAACACAGGAGGACCAACUGAGCGAGACGUCCAGACCUUCUGGGAGACAGGCAGAGGACAAAUCAUGGACACACACAGGACACACACAAGCGUUUCCACUACAAGUCUGCAUAUUUGUCGCUGUGUGUGUGUUACUGAAGACUUCAGUUUCAGUGUGUCGAACACUAGUAUGUGUGUUAAUGACGUAACUCUGUGGUGAUGACAGCUCGUCCCGAUGGGAUGUCUUGAGCAUCCUGUCAUCAGUGUGUUUGUGUUUUUGAGUUCAGCAAGAGGGCAGGUGGUCUCCAAGGCUAACGCUAGUUUACGCUGUGGACAGAGUGAGUGAGUGUGUGUGUGUGUAUAAAACGCAUCUCCUGGGCACUUUAACAUCUCAAAUCCAAUCAUCCAUCUCUAUUUUUGUCUUUAAGUCCGUGUCCUCAUAUGUUCUUGUCUAAACCUCAACUCUAACUUCAUUCAUUUCUUUACUUGUUCUCGCUAUUUUUUUCUUCACUUUUCCCCUUAUUCCUUUUUCUUCAGUCUUUUCUUUCAUUUUUAUUUAGUAUAUUUCUUGUUUGCCACUGACUUUCUUUUUAUUUGUUUUAUCUUUGUUUUUAUCAUCUAAAAGAAACAACACGGAAACAUACAGCAACUUUUCUUUCAUGUGGUCACUUUGUGCAUACAAAAUGGCAAAAAUGAAAAACUGCACUUUUUUACAGAAAUGAAAAAGCAUAAUUUCUAUUUAUUUCAGCCAAGUGUUUUACCCAUAGCCCACCUAUAACGUAGGUAAGAACCAGCAGAAACAUGCUAACAAACUAUAAAAUUUAAACACAGAGCCUUUGAAACUGAGAGCAACAAUUUGUAAAGUCUUGGAAAAAUUUGAAUAAAUUAAUAAUUUCUUAACCAUCUUUGAGACAGCUGGAAGCUCUAAAAAGAUAAGUCUAAUAAUUGUUUUAGAAGUCAUGAUUAUCAAUAACUGAAUCCAGAUGUAAUACCAUUCCUUCCUAGCUGUUGUAGCUAUCAGGCUAAAACAACAUGCUAACAACAUGCUAACUGUGCAUGGUUCAACUCUGUUGUGAGUCAAAUAAUCAACUAUGUGUAUCAGGGCAAACAGAGCUAGCUAUCUGAAAUUUAUAUAAAUACAUUUGGUUUUAGUCGACUGUAAAUCUCCAUCCACAACAAAGAUGAAAGGUAACGAGUUAGCAGACAUGCUAACGGAAAACAUCAAGCUAAUGAUGCAUCAUCUAUCUUUUUCUUUAUAGAUUAAAGUAUUUUAAGAAAUUACACAAACACCUGCUGCAUGUUCAUCAGAUCUGUGUUUUUAAGUUAUAAUUUGGUUUGUAGAAUCACUUUUAAAUAUGUUUCUGUCACUGAUAAAUCCAGUAGGAAGACCAAAACCUACAGUGUGACUUCCCAAAUUACCCAUUUGAGGCUGUCAGAGAAAAGACACUGAAUAAGCAGAUUAAAGCCGUUUCACAUGGGAAGAGUUCGGUAGACUUGAUAAAGAUGUAUGUGCUGUCUUGGAAAUGCAAUGCUAGUUUCCAUCUGUUUGGCAGAAGCAGUCAUCUGACAAUACUCUUAUGCUGCAUUGUUUUUUUUUUUCCUAUUUUGUACCAGAGUUGAUGCCAUACAAAGAAAACACCAUUUUCAGUCUCUUCCUCUUUGUCUUCUUUGUUGGCAUAAUUUCCACAAAUAGCAACUACUGAAAACAAACAACUGCUUCAGUGCCCGUAUAGGCUACAUGUCUCUCUGUUGCCUACUUGAUAUGCAGACCUUGUCUAAAGUUACUUUAACCUCAGCUUCUGAACUGUCCAGCAGGUCAGGUGACAUUUAAAAUGACUUCAUAUACUCAAGGUCCAUUAUUCCCACCAUUUAAAUGCAAAGAAACAUUGGCUCUAAGUUUUAAGUUCUGGGCUAGCCAAACAUGGCCUUGCCUUGCAUUGGUCCAAUAGCGUGGAUUUGGCUUUAAAAAAAAAAAAAAAAAAAAAAACAUACAAGAACUUUGGUUAGUUUUUUUUUUUUUUUUUUUAUGCCUUAAGUGUAAUAAAACUCCUGGUCUGAGAUUUAAAGUGAUGUAGCUCAGGAAAUUCAGUGCAUGUGCACCUACCUCCCUAGUUUCUCUGCAAAAGGAGUCUGUAACAGUGUCACAACUAAACAGUAUGGCUCACAGAAGUCGCUGUUAUGUUUUUAUUUUUUUAGUUUUAUUUGGUCCGUUUUCAGGACAAAGGAACAAAGAAGAAGCCAGGAUGUAGUUAAUGUCCACACACAGACAUUUAUGCGUAAACACACUGGUCCCUAGAUACUUUUGAAAACUUCAGCCGUACAUAUCUUCAUGUGUUAUCCCUGUAAGCUUUGAGCUCUAAUCUGGAGAAAUGCACACCAGUUCAGUUAAAACAAGCUUCAGUUGGGAUUAAGACUUUUCAAGACAAAUCCUACAUUGUUUCUGCUCACGGAAGUACGCGUUUUGGUGCUUUUUGCAUUGUUUCUACAUGUGUUUGGUGUAAACAAACUGUGGCUGGCCAUUUAACUCUAUCAUGUACUAGAUUAGGGAUGGGUAAUGUCGGUCUUAGAGUACUGCAGUACAGCAGAUUUUAGAUGUUUCCCCGUUUGAACACAUUCUUCCUACAAGCCCAGUGUACCCAGUUGUUUUCAGUUCCUUGUUUAGCAACCACAGUAUUUACAAGUAAAACAAAAAAAUAGCUACAUCUUUAACAAACCCAUGGACUUGUCUACAUUAAGCUAGUUUUACCACUACUUCAAGGCCCAUUUAUGCUUUGUGCUAAAGAAAGAUAGAGAACGUUCUGUCCACCUCUUUUGUCCUUUACAUGCGUGAUUUGGUUCGCAUGUAAACCCCCCAACCCUGGAACCAUUUCAAUACUGAAAGGUUUACUAUAAUAACAUUUAUUACUGUUGGGAUGGUUUUCAUUGGUGCAUUUCCUAAAACGUUUAAUAUGUUUAAAAAUGACAAGAGGUUUCAAAGUACUGUGUAAAAUCUACAUUUUGUGCCAUUUUUAUUUAACUAUUUCAUGAUAAAAUUGGGCUUUACUACUUUAUAUAGGGACAACUUUUUAACCAAAGGAUUAUAAUAUAAAUAAUAUCUAUUGUGUUUAAUAGGAAAAUAUCAAAUAUCUGCUCCUAUUUUUUACUUUUCCCUUUAACAAUAAUUUUCCCCACACAUUAUGUAAUUAACUUACUUUAAUUCCAAUAAACACUACAGAUCAUAUGUCAGUGAUUAUUCUAUUCUACAGUCAUUUAGCAGAAACUUUUAUCCAAAGCGACUUACAUUUGAAAGUAAGAACAACGCCAGCAAGAAUUCAACCAAGAUGGACGUCGUCAUUAAGUGGUAGUCAGACUGCUGGAGUCCAGUUGGACCAGGUGCUGUCAUGUAAUGCUUGAGGCUGAUGAGUUCUCUUGCCAGGACCAAGAUUGCGGAUGUGUUGGUGUAUCACAACGACUGGCAGUGUUGGUGUAUAUAUGUAUGUCUACGUCCACACAGUCCACCACCGUUUACCAAGCUGCCUCUAUAUAUGAGGUUAUUAUUAGUUUUCAAGGCUAUAUUUGUUAUUAUUGAAAACAGAUAUCGGUACUUGGAUGUGAACUCUGAAAUCUGCACUGCCCUCUAGUGGAUGAAAUGUCUAAUAAUCAUGCCAGUGUAAAGGACCCAUUGGAGUGUGUCAGUAGUGAUGUUUGACAGCAUUUGACAUGGAUGUGCCUAUUUACGUACAUAAAGGAAACAUAAAUGAGCCUUCAUGAUUAUUCCCACGUGGUUUUUGCUUCUGUAAGUAUGCAGUCUGUUGUUUUUAAACGUGUGUAAACCAGUGGUUCCCAAACUGUUUCUGCAAAACUCCCUUUUCAUAGACAAUAAUAAUGUAAAAAAUAAAAAAAACUGUAAUGUUU